AUCUGUUGUAGCUCAUGGUGAAACGAUAUAUAUUGCAUGGGUCUGCUUGAGUUAUCGAUAGCAAAAAAUACCAAAACAAUGUCAACGUACAGCGUUGAAUGGCAAAAGUGUCAGCUGUUGGCGAAUUACACGUGCAUGCUUUAUGCAUUUCACAAUAAAUUUCAAGUAAAGCAUGAACUUUUGAAAGCUGCACGCAUAUAUAAACAAAAGGCUGCAACGCAAAAAGCUAUUAUUACUAUUAGAGUUUCACGAACUGAGCAUUUUCUCGUUGGUAUUUCACAAGAUGACCGAUGAGCACAAAUAUAGCGAUCCCGAGGAGGAUGAAGAGGACUUAAAGAAGUCUGAGUGGAUGCAUGACUUUAAGUCGCUGACAGUGAAGCACGACAUGUUUAAGAACAUCAAACUAAGCGACAAGGAUGCAAGUGAUAAUCUCUGCCAACAAACUACCGAUCCUGGCGAGGAAUCUGCCUCAGACUAUGCAGAUGAUGAUGAAGAUGACGACUACGAUCUGGGCGAUAACUACGAUGCGUACGAGGAAGCGUACAGCGGCUUCAACAAGCACAAUGCCCAACCACAGAUGACAGCAGCAGCUGGUGGCAACAGCACGAGUGGAAGUGUCAACGCAUCUGGCUCCACGCAGCGGUUGAGCAACUACCAGCCAAAUGAGAAAGUGCUGCGUCGCUACUCGGCACGCAUUAAUGUGGAGAAAUACGAUCCGAAUGCGAAUAUGAGCGCACAGGCCGCUAACCGGCUAGUAAGCUUCGAUCGGCGCCAGGAGACGGAACGGGUGCGAGUGCGGGACAAGCAUGAUCGCGCCACCGCUGAGCAGGUGAUGGAUCCACGGACACGCAUGAUACUCUUCAAGCUGCUGAAUCGCGGACUCAUUCAGGAGAUUAACGGCUGCAUAUCCACCGGUAAGGAGGCAAAUGUUUACCAUGCCGCUUCGAAGAAUGGUGGGGACGAGUUUGCCAUAAAGAUCUACAAGACAUCGAUACUGGUGUUCAAGGAUCGGGACAAGUAUGUAUCGGGUGAAUUUCGUUUCCGUCACGGAUACUGCAAGCACAAUCCCCGCAAAAUGGUGCGCACCUGGGCCGAAAAGGAGAUGCGCAACUACCUGCGCAUGCACAACGCUGGCGUUCCAGUUCCGGAGCCCAUUCUGUUGCGUUCCCAUGUGCUGGUUAUGCGAUUCUGUGGUCACGACGGCUGGCCGGCACCAAAGCUCAAGGAUGUGGAGCUGAGCACGUCGAAAGCGCGUGAAUUGUAUCGGGAUUGUGUGGUAAUCAUGUGGCGCAUCUACAACGAGUGUCGACUCGUCCACGCUGAUUUAUCCGAGUUCAACAUACUUUACCAAGAUGGCCAAUUAGUUAUCAUCGAUGUUAGCCAGGCUGUGGAACACGAUCAUCCGCAUGCGUUCGACUUUCUGCGCAAGGACUGCACCAACAUAUCCGAGUUCUUUCGGAAAAAGUCGGUAGCCACGAUGACCGUCAAAGAGCUGUUCGACUUCAUAACCGAUAAGACCAUAACUGCUGAAAAUAUGGAAGAGUGUUUGGAGCGUAUUUCGGAGCGUAUCAAGGAUCGGGAUUUCGAUGCAAUUACGGCGCAGGAGAAGAUCGACGAGGCCGUCUGGCAAAACACCUACAUUCCCAAACGGUUGGAUGAGGUGCCUCACUUCGAGCGAGAUGUGACCAAGGCCAAGCAGGGUGUGCAACAAAAUCUGAUUUACGCUAAAAUUACUGGUUUGACACCAGCUCUGGACGUCCAGCAGCAGCCAGACAUUUUGGAUGCAGAAAGUGAGCAGCAGUCAGGUGGAGAUGAGAGCGACGAAUCCAACGAUGACAACAACGAUGAGUCAAAAUUCAAAAACUCGGCACGGCCACGUGAUGAAUCGCCAGAGAGUAAAAAGGCUCGCAAAAAAGCGGUUAAGGAUGCAAAGGCCGAGCAGAGAAAAGUCAAAGUGAAAAAACAUGUGAAAAAGCGCAAGGAAAAAAUCGGCACCAUGAAAAAGUAGUUGAAUAUAUAUAUAAUAAUUGUUAAGAGCUUGUAAACAUAAUUUCUUGAAAAAAUACAUUUUGAAUGCAAAAACCAA